AUGUUGAAGGAAUCUGUAGCAACCUUUUUUGACCGCUACCACCGCUACCCAUCUCGAAGAGAGGGACGGAUGGUGACUCCGGUUUUCGAUAUGGAUUACACGUCCGUACCAAGGCACGGAGACGAACCUGCGGAUAUAACAAUUUCGCUGCCCAAAUCCGGGAAAUCAUGGCUAGUCCAUAGAGGCGUAAUUUCCGACCAAAGCAACUUCUUUCGAAUGGCAUUGGCCACUCCGUUAUUAGAAAGCAGGACCGAUGAAAUCAAGCUCGACGAAAUUGAUGACACGAUAAUGGAAUUCAUUAUAAAAUUCAUGUAUAAAGACUGGUCCUCCGCAGCUACAGCAGCCUUUGGACUAGAAGACGGCGCCGAGGUGCCGCCGAGAAGCAUCGCGGAGAUCCUCAUCGCCGCCGACUUCCUCGACAUACCCCGGCUUUGCUACGCGGCAUACCACAUGAUGCUGUCCGGGAUGGCCAGCCUCGUGAUGAUGUCAAGGACGGAGCCGCUGUACUCGCACGCCUUGUACCUCGCGAGACACCCUUUUCUCUGCGCGGCGAUUGUCCUGGAGAGAAGCAAAACGAAGGUCGGCAUGGACUUGGCGGAAGGAAUACAGAAAUUAAUGCUGAAGCUGGGAAAGGCGCGCCACUUGGAGCAGGCGAUCAGGGCUUUUAUAGACACUUUCCCGGACGACCACUCCAUCAUCGGCUUGGAGCUACAGUGGUAG